GUUAGUAGUUUUAUUUUGCCAGGUGGUAAAAGAUAACAAUAUUUCUAGCUGUGAAAAAAGUGACAUGUAGUGUAUAAGAAGUAAAGUCACGCUGAUGUAAAUAAAGUGAUGGUUUGUUGUGAGUCUUUAGUUACUCUUAGUGAUGUUGUUCAAGAAAUAUGUGAUAUAUUGAUGGUAUGGUAAUGUUAACUACACAUGUGAUCAAAGGAGGAACGAGAGAAGACGAGAUGAUUAGAGGAGAAGACUUUUCUUAUAAACUGUAAAUGGAAAGCCUGGGAAGGCCACCUGUUUCUGUUUGUCUGCUGUGAUCCAACCAAAACAGUCUGCCAAGAGGACAAGCAGUGGGCUAACUUGACAAUAAUUUUCUCUUCCCUUACGAAAUAGAAGGUUGACUUGGUAUUAGCUCCAGCAAUAUGAGAGAUUUGUUGAUGAUCCGGUAAAUUAAUUCUUCUGAAGACUUUAGAAGAGUAGGAAGGAAACUAAUCAAACAUUGGAACCUUGAUGAUGGCAGCUACAUCCACCAUGUGUACUCAGACAACCCGGAGAUACUUGUUAUGGUGUGCAAAUGAACAUAUAGAAUUCAGACUACCAGAACUUGAGUCCAUUGCCUUGAUGUUUAACAUUCCCAUCACAUGGAUUGAUAAACCCAAGGAAGAUCCAUAUGUGAUCUUGGAGAUGAACAGUGAGAAUGAUGCCAGAAAAUUAAUGUCACGAAGCAUGCUAGUGCGGUCGUGUUUUGAAUUAUGGGGUCAGGGAGAGAAUGAAGCAGAACUCCACGCAAGUGUGAAGUCCUUCCCAAACAACUUGAUGAAGCCACAUUUAGCUAAAGAGAAGACAUUCAAAGUUCGCGUGGAAUCAUUCAAUAAGACUCUCAGUAUUUCCGAGAAACUGAAAAAGAUUGAGUCCCUGAGUUUUCUGCCUUUUGAAGGAAGUGUGAAUCUAAAGAAGGCUGACACCUGCCUUCACCUUAUUGAAUAUUAUGGCUUACAACCAAAUGAGGUCCCAAUAAUUCCCUUUAAGAGUUUCCUGGGACGAUGGGUGGUAGAGGGUCAGCGGGAGUUGAUCGACAAGUUCUCACUCAAAAGAAGAACUUACAUUGGUAGUACAUCAAUGGAUGCCCAGCUGGCAUUUAUCAUGUCUAACUGUGCACAAGUUCAGCCUGGUCAUGUGGUGGUUGAUCCCUUUGUUGGCACAGGAUCUAUAUUGGUGUCAGCUGCACACUGCGGGGCGUAUGUGUGGGGUUGGGACAUUGACUACCUCACACUACAUGCUCGGACUAAGCCUACUCGUCAUAGCCAGAAGCAGCGUCAAGCAGGCGAGUCAAUAUUUAGCAACCUUAAACAAUAUGGGUUAGAGCAUCAGUACGUGGAUGUUGUCGUAAUGGAUAAUGCAAGGCCAUGUUGGAGAGGUGUCCCUUACGUUGAUGCCAUCAUUACUGACCCCCCUUAUGGAAUUCGGGAAUCAAUAGAAUGUGUGGGAUCCCUCAAAGUACCAAAAGAUUUUGAGGAUGGAUCCAAGCAACAAUCAUCAUCUGCUCACCACUUUCCAUCCAAGAUUACAUACAGUCUUUCGGAUAUUUUUCGGGACUUGAUCAACUUUGCUGCUAUUCAUUUAGUGAUUGGCGGCAGACUUGUGUUUUGGCUGCCAGUGUUCAGGGAAGACUACCAUGAAAGUAUGAUACCUAGUCACCCAUGUCUGGAGCUUCUCUUCAAUAGUGAACAAGUGCUAACUGUACACUCCAGCAGGCGCCUUGUUACCUUCUGCAAGACAAGACACCCUCAGGAAGGGGAAACAGCCACUGCCCAAGUCACAGACCUGACCGCUUCGUUUCGUGAGAAGUUUUUCCAAGCCUCCUUAAUGACAAAACAGGAAAGAGCAUCCAUGAAAUCUCGCUUCCCACGAGAUAAAAGAGGCCAAGGUCUGGGAUAUCGACUGUUAGAAGCCCAAAAUAAUGCAAAGAUCAUCAAAAUGGAUGAUGUACCUGAAAGUGAAACAAUAAACCGAGAUGAGAGACAAACUAUAUCUCAGGAACCAAAUACUGACAUAGAAGAUCUGUCAUGUUUAGAGGAAACAGCAGAAACGGACGGUUUAAGAAAAGUGCAAAGAAAUAAUACUGACAGUGAAAAAGAAGAAAAUUUUAAAGAUGCAAAAAACAAGAGUGUUACUCCAUAAUUCACAUUGGUAACACAAGUUAAAGAAAUGCAAUUAUGGAUAUAAAUAGUCCAGUAACAGACUACUAAAUGAUGGGAGUACAUGGACAUGAUAUGUACUGUUAAUGCUGUGAUACAUUAAGAAAGUUAUAUGUUGUAGUGUUAGAUACACUUAAAUACUUUUUUUACUUUCAUAUACUGUACCGUAUUGCAAUUGCCUUGAUUAUUCAGACCACAUGGCAAAUGUUUGGUAGUUCUUUUAUAUGAGGACCUGCCACUAGUAAACCUUUAUAUACAAACUAAAUCACCGUACUCGCCCCCGAAGGUGGGAAUUACACGAAAGCGCUUGGGAACUUCGUGUUUUCUUUUUUCCAAUGUGGUUAUCAGCACACACAAUAUAUAUUGCCUCCUAUGAGGUGUAACAUAAGGUUAAGAAAAAAUAAAAGUAUUUACAAAAGCUU